AUGUGUGCGUAUGAUGAUUUCCCCACAGUGCUCAGAUUGAAGACUGCCUUCUUUCGACAGGAUGAUGAAGUGGUGCUACAGUGCGUGGCCUGCAUUCAGAAGGAGAACCGCAAGUUGUGCCUGGCCGCCGAGGGACUGGGGAACCGACUGUGUUACCUGGAGCCCACAUCUGAAGCGAAGUAUGUACCUCCAGACCUGUGCAUCUGUACCUUUGUGCUGGAGCAGUCCCUGUCGGUGCGGGCUCUGCAGGAGAUGCUGGCCAAGAGUGGACAAAACAGUGAAGGGGCGGCACACAGCGGCGGACACAAGACCCUCCUGUAUGGUCACGCCAUCCUCUUGCGCCACUCCUUCAGCUCCAUGUAUUUGGCGUGCCUGAAGACGUCACGCUCGCAGACGGAUAAGCUCUCGUUUGAUGUGGGUCUACAGGAGGAUUCCACAGGUGAGGCCUGUUGGUGGACCAUUCACCCCGCGUCCAAGCAGCGGUCAGAAGGAGAGAAGGUGCGCAUCGGCGAUGACCUCAUCCUGGUCAGCGUGUCCUCAGAGCGAUACCUGCACUUGUCUAUCUCCAAUGGCAACAUCCAAGUGGACGCCUCCUUCAUGCAGACUUUGUGGAACGUCCAUCCCAUCUGCUCUGGGAGCAACAUCGAAGAAGGCUACCUGCUGGGGGGUCAUGUGAUGCGCUUUUUCCACGGACAUGACGAGGUGGUGACCAUCCCGGGAUCGGAUCAGAGUGAGGAGGAGCAGAGGAUCAUCAACUAUGAGACGGGUAAAGCCGGAGCCAAAGCCAGGUCCUUGUGGAGGCUGGAGCCGCUCCGGAUCAGCUGGAGCGGGAGCCACAUCCGGUGGGGCCAGCCCCUCAGGUUACGGCACCUCACCACAGGACACUAUCUGGCCCUGACUGAGGACAAAGGACUGGUGCUGCAGGACAGGGAGAGAUCCGACACCAACGCUACAGCUUUCUGCUUCAGAGCGUCGAAGGAGAAACUGGAACAGAGCCCCAAGAGGGACAUCGAGGGCAUGGGGGUGGCCGAGAUUAAAUACGGGGACUCUCUCUGCUUCAUUAUGCACGUGGCCACGGGACUCUGGCUGUCGUACCAGGCUCCCGAUGUCAAGUCUGCCCGCCUCGGCCCCCUCAAGAGACGAGCAUGUCUCCAUUCAGAGGGACACAUGGACGACGGAUUGUCCCUCCAGCGAUGUCAGCAUGAGGAGGCCCGGGCCGCACGCAUCAUCCGCAACACCACGCUGCUUUUUAAGAGAUUCAUCAGAGACCUGGACUGUCUGGGGUCGAAGAACAGAAUGCUGGUGGUUCUGCCUGUGGAGGAGGUGCUGCAGACCUUAAAUGACCUCAUCACAUAUUUCCAGCUCCCAGACGCCGAGCUGGAGCACGAGGAGCGGCAAAUCAAGUUGCGCUCGCUCAAAAACCGCCAGAACCUAUUCAAGCAGGAAGGCAUGCUCACACUGGUGUCUAACUGCAUAGACCGGCUAAAUGUGUACAACAGUGCGGCCCACUUUGGGGAGUGCGCGGGGACAGAGGCCGGAGCUGCAUGGAAAGACAUUCUCAACCUGCUCUAUGAACUGCUGGCGGCGUUGAUACGAGGUAACAGGAAUAAUUGCACACAGUUCUCCAAUAACCUGGACUGGCUGGUGAGCAAGCUGGAAAGACUUGAGUCCUCUUCAGGCAUCCUGGAGGUUCUGCACUGCAUUUUAAUAGAGAGCCCCGAGGCCCUUAACAUCAUCCAGAGAGGACACAUCAAGUCCAUCAUCUCCCUGCUCUACAAGCACGGACGCAACCACAAGAUUCUGGACGUUCUGUGCUCCUUGUGUGUGUGUAAUGGUGUCGCGGUCAGGACCAAUCAGAACCUCAUAUGUGACCAUCUGCUUCCCAAGAGAGAUUUGCUGCUUCAGACGCAAUUGGUCAACGAUGUGCAAAGCAUGCGCCCCAACAUCUUCCUGGGCGUCAGCGAGGGCUCGGCGCAGUACAAGAAGUGGUAUUAUGAGCUGAUGAUUGACCACGUGGACCACUUUUUGACCAGCGAGCCCUCUCACCUGCGUGUCGGCUGGGCCAACUCGAAGGGCUAUGCUCCUUAUCCUGGAGGGGGAGAGGGCUGGGGGGGCAACGGGGUCGGAGAUGACCUCUACUCUUACGGCUUUGAUGGACUGCACCUCUGGUCAGGCCGUAUCCCGCGGGCUGUAGCAUCCAUUAACCAACAUAUCCUGACCUCCGAGGAUGUGGUCAGCUGCUGUCUGGACUUGGGCGCUCCAAGUAUCUCGUUCCGAAUUAAUGGACAGCCGGUCCAGGGCAUGUUUGAGAAUUUCAACACAGAUGGACUCUUCUUUCCUGUGGUCAGCUUUUCAGCAGGAGUCAGGGCACGUUUCCUUUUCGGGGGUCGGCAUGGCGACUUCAAGUUCCUCCCUCCGACAGGUUAUGCUCCUUGUUAUGAGGCACUGCUCCCAAAAGAGAAGAUGAAAGUGGAGCCCGUGAAAGAGUACAAGAGAGACAUGGAGGGAGUGAGGGACCUGCUGGGGACCACAGACUUUAUGUCCCAGGCCUCGUUCAUUCCCUCUCCUGUGGAAACCAGCCAGGUUGUCAUGCCAUUACACUUUGAGAAAGUCCGGGACAAGCUGGCUGAGAACAUCCAUGAGCUCUGGGGCAUGAAUAAGAUUGAACUCGGAUGGUCGUACGGGAAGAUAAGAGAUGAUAACAAGCGCCAGCAUCCGUGUUUGGUGGAUUUUUCCAAACUCCCCGAAACGGAAAAGAACUACAAUCUGCAAAUGUCAACAGAAACACUCAAGACGCUCAUAGCUUUGGGCUGCCGAGUUUCCCACGUCAACCCCAACGCGGAUGAAUGUCUCAAAAAGAUAAAACUACCAAAGAAUUACAUGAUGUCGAAUGGCUACAAACCGACUCCUUUAGAUCUGGGGGACAUUAAACUCACGCCGGGACAGGAGCUGCUGGUGGAUAAACUGGCGGAAAACGCACACAAUGUUUGGGCCAAGGACCGCAUCAAACAGGGCUGGACCUACGGCAUACAACAGGACGUGAAGAACAAGAAAAACCCUCGGCUGGUUCCAUACGUGCUGCUGGAUGAGCGCACCAAGAAGUCGAACAGGGACAGCCUGCGGGAAGCCAUCCGCACCCUGAUUGGCUACGGUUAUAAUAUUGAGCCCUCAGACCAGGAAGGCGGACAUGUGGUGGAGCGGCUCAGCAUCGACAAGAUCCGCUUCUUCAGAGUGGAGAGGACGUAUGCGGUGAAAUGGGGAAAGUGGUAUUUUGAAUUCGAGGCAGUGACGGGAGGCGACAUGCGGGUGGGAUGGGCCCGACCUGGAUGUAAGCCAGACGUGGAACUUGGCACGGACAAUCUGGCUUUUGUCUUUGACGGACACAGGGGCCAUUGUCUGAACAUGGGCAGCCGUCUGUUUGGACGCUGCUGGCACGCUGGGGAUGUAGUGGGCUGUAUGAUCAACAUGGAAGAUAAGUCCAUGAUCUUCACUUUGAACGGGGAGAUUCUCAUCACAACCAAAGGAUCGGAGCUCUGCUUCACGGACUUUGAGACUGAAGACGGAUUCAUCCCCGUCUGCAGCCUCGGCCUCUCCCAGGUGGGCCGCAUGAACCUGGGGAAGGAUGCCAGCACUUUCCGCUAUUACACAGUUUGUGGCCUUCAGGAGGGAUUCGAACCUUUUGCCGUCAAUAUGAACCGCGAGGUCACCAUGUGGUUCAGCAAGCGCCUGCCCACUUUCUUCAAUGUGCCAAAAGACCACAACCACAUAGCGGUCACGAGGAUUGAUGGAACGGUGGACAGCCCUCCGUGCCUGAAAGUGACACACAACACGUUUGGGACCCAGAACAGCAACGCGGACAUGGUGUUCUGUCGCCUGAGCAUGCCGGUAGAAUUCCACUCCACGUUUAAAAGCUGCCCCGUGGUCGACAUGAACGGGAUCCACGACGACGACAUGCUCAAAGUCAAACCCAGAUAUCCUCUUAGAUCCGUGAGGCAUAGUGACGAGAGCAGACGAGUGGACUACAGCUCCAUCACCACGUAUUACCACCGCGUGCGGGUGUUUGCUGGCCAGGACCCCUCGUGUGUGUGGGUGGGAUGGGUGACGCCGGACUACCAUUACUACAGCAAUAACUUCAACCUCAGCAAAAACCGCACAGUGACCGUCACGUUGGGGGACGAGCGAGGUCGAGUGCACGAGAGUGUGAGGAGGAGUAACUGCUACAUGGUGUGGGGAGGAGACGUCCCUAGCGCUGCCCACUCCACCGGCCGCACCAACGUGGACAUGGAGGUGGGCUGCCUCAUUGACAUGGCCACAGGCGUGCUGUCGUUCACUGCAAAUGGCAAGGAGAUAUCUACGUCCUAUCAGGUUGAACCAAACACCAAGCUGUUCCCUGCAGUGUUUGUCCGACCCACAAGCCCUAAUCUCUUUCAGUUUGAACUCGCUAAAAUAAAGAAUGCCAUGCCACUAUCGUCGGCCAUAUUUAAAAGUGAGCACAAAAACCCAGUGCCCCAGUGUCCCCCGCGUUUAGACGUGCAGACCAUCAAAGCCGUGCUGUGGAGCCGGAUGCCCAACAUUUUCCUCAAAGUGGAGACGUCGCGGGUGAACGAGAGGCACGGCUGGGUGGUCCAGUGCAUGGAGCCACUGCAGAUGCUGGCUGUGCACAUACCAGAGGAGAACAGGUGUGUAGAUAUCAUGGAGUUGUCGGAGCAGGAGGAUUUGAGGAAGUUCCACUACCACACGCUGAAGCUGUACUCUGCUCUGUGCGCUCUUGGGAACCUGCGAGUGGCCCACGUCCUCUGCAGCCACCUGGACCAGUCUCAGCUCAUGUACGCCAUCGACAACCAGUACCUGCCGGGCAUGCUCCGCGAGGGCUUCUACAACGUCCUGAUCAGCAUUCACCUGGAGACCGCCAAGGGAGCGCGGCUCAAGAUGAAGGAUGAGUUUAUCAUUCCUGUGACGUCCGAAACUCGCUCCAUACGCCUCUUUUCAGAUUCUGCCAAAAAACACCUUCCUCCCGGAGUCGGUCUCAGCACGUCCCUUAAACCACGCCUCCAUUUUACUCCUCCCUGUUUUAUCAGCAACAAGAGGGAUUAUGUCUACAGCCCCCAAAUCCCACUGGACGCUCUGAAGACCAAGGCCAUCUCGAUGCUGACGGAGGCGGUUCAAGGCGGAGGACAUUACAUCCGGGACCCUGUGGGCGGGUCUGUGGAGUACCAGUUUGUGCCCAUCCUGAAGCUCAUCAGCACUCUGCUCACUAUGGGGGUGCUGGCUAGUGAAGAUGUCUAUAAGGUCCUACUGCUCAUCAACCCCAAUGUUUUUCGAGACGCACGUGUGAAAGGGACCACAGGGGCCACCGACAAGGAAGGUCUGACCGGAUCAGAGGACAAGGCUGUGGAGGCGGGGGAGGUGGAAGUAGCCAAAGAGGCCAAGCAGCCCAUAAAAGGUCUGCUGGAGAAGAGGCUUCCAGAGCCAGUCAAGAGACAGAUGUGCGACCUGCUCCACUACUUCUGCGACUGUGAGCUGAAACACCGCAUCGAGGCCAUCGUGUCCUUCUCCGACAGCUUUGUGUCCAAGCUCCAGUUCAACCAGAAGUUUCGCUACAACGAGCUCAUGCAGGCGCUCAACAUGUCCGCCGCCGUCACCGCCAAAAAGACCAAAGAGUUCCGCUCCCCUCCGCAAGAACAGAUCAACAUGCUGCUCACAUUCAGCACAGGAGAGGACUGUCCGUGCCCCGGGGAUAUUCAGGUGGAGCUCUGCGACUUCCAUGGCCAGCUGCAGCUUCACUGUGGAAUCCCUAUGGAGGAGGACGAAGACGAGCAAGCCACAUCCAUCAGGGGCCGACUGCUGAUGCUGGUGAACAAGAUCAAAGGGCAGGCUACAAAAGCAGAAGAUCCAACCAAGAAGGAGCAGGCCGCCCCAUCAAACUUGAAGGAGCUGAUCUCCCAGACCAUGGUGAGCUGGACGCAGGAGUGCCACAUCCAGGACCCCAAACUGGUGCGAAUGAUGUUCAGUCUGCUGAGGAGACAGUACGACAGCAUCGGAGAGCUGCAGAGAGCCAUGAGGAAAACCUACACCAUCAGUGGGGCCUCCGUGCAGGACACCAUCCACCUGCUGGCCUCGCUGGGACAGAUCCGCUCUCUGCUGUCUGUGCGCAUGGGGAAAGAGGAGGAGAAGCUCAUGAUCAAUGGACUCAGUGACAUCAUGAAUAACAAGGUGUUCUACCAACAUCCAAACCUGAUGAGAAUCCUGGGAAUGCACGAGACCGUCAUGGAGGUCAUGGUCAAUGUACUGGGAGGAGACAAAUCACAGGAAAUCGCUUUCCCCAAGAUGGUCGCAAGCUGCUGCCGCUUCCUCUGCUACUUCUGUCGCAUUAGUCGGCAAAACCAGAAAGCUAUGUUCGAUCACCUCAGCUAUUUGUUGGAAAAUAGCAGUGUUGGCCUUGCUUCACCAGCAAUGAGAGGAUCGACCCCUCUGGAUGUAGCUGCCUCUUCGGUCAUGGACAACAACGGGCUGGCUCUGGCUUUGGAAGAACCUGAUCUGGACAAAGUGGUCACGUACUUGGCCGGCUGUGGCCUUCAGAGCUGCCCCAUGCUUCUGUCUAAAGGAUACCCGGACAUUGGCUGGAAUCCCAUCGAAGGAGAGCGAUACUUGUCCUUCCUGAGAUUUGCUGUCUUUGUUAAUGGUGAAAGUGUUGAGGAGAACUCCAGUGUGGUGGUCAAGCUGCUAAUCCGCCGGCCAGAGUGUUUUGGUCCUGCCUUGAGGGGAGAGGGGGGCAACGGUCUCCUGGCAGCUAUGAAAGAAGCCAUUAAGAUCGCAGAGACCCCCGCCCUGGACCUGCCGGGCUCCGUGCAUGGAGUCAGCUCUGAUGCGUCUGCAGACGCUGAUGAUGAAGAAGAGGUGGUCCACAUGGGCAACGCAAUUAUGUCAUUCUACUCCGCUCUGAUCGACCUCCUUGGACGCUGUGCUCCAGAGAUGCAUCUCAUCAACAAAGGGAAAGGUGAAGCCCUGCGGAUCCGUGCCAUCCUGCGCUCGCUCGUGCCCAUGGAUGACCUGGUUGGAAUCAUCAGUAUUCCUCUCAAAAUGCCCGUCACAAACAAAGAUGGAUCGGUCACGGAGCCAGACAUGUCAGCAUGCUUCUGUCCGGACCACAAGGCCCCCAUGGUGCUGUUUUUGGACAGAGUGUACGGCGUUGAAGACCAGAGCUUUCUCCUACACCUGCUGGAAGUGGGGUUUCUCCCUGACCUGAGGGCUGCCACCUCCAUGGACACGGAGGGUCUCUGCACCACGGAGACGGCCCUGGCCAUGAACCGCUACAUCGGCUGUGCCAUGCUCCCGCUGCUGACCCGCUGCGCCCCCCUGUUCGCCGGCACGGAGCACUACGCCACGCUCAUGGACUCAACACUGCACACCGUCUACAGGCUGUCCAAGGGCCGCUCGCUCACCAAGGCCCAGAGAGACGCCAUCGAGGAGUGUCUGCUGUCCAUCUGCAAACACCUCCGUCCCUCUAUGCUGCAGCAGCUCCUCCGAAGGCUCGUCUUUGAUGUGCCCUUGCUCACUGAUUACUGCAAGAUGCCUCUGAGGCUGUUGACAAACCACUAUGAGAUGAACUGGAAGUUUUACUGUCUGCCUUCUGGCUGGGGCAGCUACGGCACCGCCUCUGAAGAGGAGCUGCUCCUCACCAAGAAGAUCUUCUGGGGCGUCUUUGACUCGCUGUCACAGCGGAAGUAUGACCAGGAGCUUUUCAAAAUGGCCAUGCCGUGUCUGAGUGCGAUUGCUGGAGCGCUGCCUCCGGACUACGUGGACGCCUCCAGCUGCACGGCUCUGGAGAAGCCCAACUCUGUGGACCCUCACGGCAACUUCGACCCCAAACCAAUCAACACCAGCAAUAUUACUCUGCCUGAGAAACUUGAACAAUUCGCCAACAAAUAUGCAGAACACUGUCACGAGAAGUGGUCAGCAGAGAGGGUGCUGCUGGGAUGGAAAUUUGGGGACUGUGUGGACGAGAAAACAAAGAUCCAUCCUCAGCUCAGGGCUUACAAAUCCCUCACAGAGAAGGAGAAGGAGAUUUACCGCUACCCCAUCCGAGAGUCUCUGAAGAGCAUGCUGGCCAUGGGCUGGUGCGUGGACCGGACCAAAGACGCAGAGAGCUUGUCCUUACAGCGGGAGAGCGAGAAGAUGAGGAAAAUCUCCACAGUGUCUCAGGCUAAUGGCUUUAACCCAAGUCCCAUCGACACCAGCAACGUUAUCCUGUCCAGGGAGCUGCAGGGGAUGGUGGAGGUGGUGGCCGAGAAUUACCAUAACAUCUGGGCCAAGAAGAAGAGGAGCGACCUUGGAAGCAGAGGCGGAGGCACUCAUCCACUGCUGGUGCCCUAUGACACGCUGACCGCCAAAGAAAAGGCAAGGGACCGAGAGAAGGCCCAAGAUCUGUUCCGCUUCCUGCAGAUCAACGGCUACACCAUCACAAGAGGUCUGAAAGACUUGGAUCAUGAUUCAUCCUCCAUAGAGAAGAGGUUUGCCUACAAGUUCCUCAAGAAAUUACUGAAAUAUGUCGACUCAGCUCAGGAAUUCAUUGCACAUCUGGAGGCCAUGGCAGCGAGUGGAAAAAUGGACCGGUCACCACAUGAACAAGAAAUUAAGUUUUUUGCCAAAGUUCUUCUGCCCCUCAUUGACCAGUACUUCAAAAACCACUCGUUAUACUUCCUGUCAUCCCCGAGUAAGAAUCUGAGCAGUAGCGGAUAUGCAACCAACAAAGAGAAAGAGAUGGUCACCAGCCUAUUUUGCAAACUGGCAGCUCUUGUUAGACACCGGAUUUCUCUUUUCGGAAGCGACUCCACCACCAUGGUCAGCUGUCUGCACAUCCUGGCCCACACGCUGGACACCAGGACGGUGAUGAAGUCCGGCUCGGAGCACGUGCGCAUGGGGCUCAGGACGUUCUUUGAAAACGCGGCGGUGGACCUGGAGAAGACGUUCGAGAACCUGAAGCACGGGAAGUUCACGCACUCUCGCUCCCAGAUGAAAGGCGUCUCUCAGAACAUCAACUACACCACGGUGGCCCUGCUGCCAAUCCUCACGGCUCUGUUCGAACACAUCACCCAGCAUCACUUUGGUGUCGACCUGCUCCUGGAUGACGUCCAAGCCUCCUGCUACCGAAUACUGACCAGCCUCUACGCACUGGGCACAGGAAAGAACAUCUACGUAGAGAGACAGCUGCCGGCCCUGGGACAGUGUCUGGCCACUCUGGCUGGUGCCAUGCCUGUAGCGUUUCUGGAACCUCGCCUCAACACGUACAAUCCCUUCUCAAUCUUCAACACCAAGAAUCACAGAGAGCGUGCAAUGCUUGGAAUUGCAGACUCGGUUGAAAACGUUUGUCCUGGGAUGCCUCGGCUCGACGGCCUGAUGAAGGAUAUCAAUGACAUGGCAGAGUCUGGGGCGCGCUACACUGAGAUGCCCCAUGUGAUUGAGGUGGUCCUGCCCAUGCUGUGCAAUUACCUCUCCUACUGGUGGGAGAGGGGCCCCGAGAACAAGGCCUCGAGCGGCGCCACGGUGUGCUGCACCACAGUCACAUCAGAACACCUCAGCCUCAUCCUGGGAAACAUUCUGAAGAUCCUCAACAACAACCUGGGCAUCGACGAGGCUUCAUGGAUGAAGAGGAUCGCAGUGUAUGUGCAGCCAAUCAUCAGUAAAGCCCGGGCCGACCUCCUCAAGAGCCACUUCCUGCCCACGCUGGAGAAGCUGAAGAAGAAGACGGUGAAGGUGGUGAUGGAGGAGGAGCUUCUGAAAGCCGACAGUAAGGGCGACACGCAGGAGGCCGAGCUGCUCAUCCUGGACGAGUUUGCCGUGCUGUGCCGAGAUUUGUACGCCUUCUACCCCAUGCUGAUCCGCUACGUGGACAAUAACCGGUCACGGUGGCUCAAGGAACCGGACGCUGACUCCAAUGAGCUCUUCAAAAUGGUGGCAGAAAUAUUUAUUCUGUGGUGCAAGUCACAUAAUUUCAAAAGAGAAGAGCAGAAUUUUGUUGUGCAGAAUGAAAUCAACAACCUGUCCUUUUUAACUGGAGAUAGUAAAUCCAAAAUGGCAAAGUCCUUUAAGGAAAAGUCUGGGGGGCAGGACCAGGAGAGGAAGCACAAGAAGCGGCGUGGGGAACUCUACUCCGUCCAGACAUCGCUCAUCGUGGCCGCUCUGAAGAAGAUGCUGCCUAUUGGUCUGAACAUGUGCACACCCGGAGACCAAGAGCUCAUCUCUUUAGCCAAGACACGCUACCUGCUGAAAGACACAGACGAUGAAGUGAAAGAUCAUAUUCAUCAGAAUCUCCACCUCAGAGAAAAGUCGGAGGACCCAGCCGUGCGGUGGCAGCUGAACCUCUACAAGGACAUUCUCACCAAGACUGAGGGGGCUCCAGACCCCAACAGAGUCGUGGACCGCAUCCAGAGGAUCUCUGCUGCGGUCUUUAACCUGGAGCAGGUGGAGCAACCUUUGAGAUCGAAAAAAUGUGUCUGGCAGAAGUUACUUUCCAAGCAGAGAAAAAGGGCGGUUGUUGCCUGUUUUCGCAUGGCACCUCUCUACAACCUACCAAGGCAUCGCUCUAUUAACCUCUUCCUCCUGGCCUAUCAGAGAAUAUGGAUAGAGACAGAGGAGUACUCUUUUGAGGAGAAACUAGUGCAGGACCUUGCAAAAAUCCAGCUCAAAGUGGAGGAGGAGGAAGAGGAGGAGGAGAGGAGACAGCCCGACCCCCUUCAUCAGCUCAUUCUGCAUUUCAGCCACAACGCUUUGACCGAGUGCAGCUCAUUGGAAGAGGACCCCUUGUAUAUUGCCUAUGCGGAUAUGAUGGCAAAGAGUUGUGCUGAAGGGGAAGAAGAGGAGGACAAAGAGAAAACAUUUGAGGAAAAAGAAAUGGAGAAACAGAAAAUGCUUUACCAGCAAGCCAGACUGCACGACCGCGGAGCAGCUGAAAUGGUGCUCCAAAUGAUCAGCGCCAGCAAAGGUCGUCUUGGUCCCAUGGUGACAUUCACUCUCAAGCUGGGAAUCUCAAUCUUAAACGGAGGAAAUAUUUUGGUCCAGAUGAAAAUGUUGAAUUAUCUAAAGGAAAAAAGAGAUGUUGGCUUCUUCAAAAGUUUGUCUGGCCUCAUGAUGUCGUGCAGUGUGCUGGACUUGAACGCAUUCGAGAGGCAGAACAAGGCUGAAGGUCUGGGAAUGGUAACUGAAGAGGGGUCGAUCAACGUGAGUGAGCGGGGCUCCAAAGUGCUUCAGAAUGAUGAGUUUACAAAAGAUCUCUUCAGAUUCUUGCAGCUUCUUUGUGAGGGCCACAACAAUGACUUUCAGAACUUUCUCAGGACUCAGACAGGCAACACAACAACUGUGAACAUUAUCAUCAGCACAGUGGACUACCUCUUAAGACUUCAGGAAUCGAUCAGUGAUUUCUACUGGUAUUACUCUGGGAAGGAGAUCAUCGAUGAGGCCGGCCAGAGGAACUUCUCCAAAGCACUGUUGGUGGCAAAACAAGUCUUCAACUCUCUGACUGAGUAUAUACAGGGGCCGUGCAUUGGGAACCAGCAGAGUCUGGCUCACAGCAGGCUCUGGGACGCUGUUGUGGGAUUUUUGCAUGUUUUUGCAAACAUGCAGAUGAAGCUCUCACAGGACUCAAGUCAGAUCGAAUUACUGAAAGAGCUGCUGGACCUGCAGCAGGACAUGGUGGUCAUGAUGCUGUCUCUACUCGAAGGAAAUGUUGUGAAUGGAACGAUUGGCAAACAGAUGGUGGACACUUUGGUGGAGUCCUCCAGCAACGUAGAGAUGAUUCUGAAGUUCUUCGACAUGUUCCUCAAGCUGAAAGACCUGACCACCUCUGACAGCUUCAGGGAGUACGACCACGAGGGGAAGGGCGUCAUCUCCAAGAAAGAUUUCCAGAAGUCCAUGGAGAACCAGAAACAGUACUCCCAGUCUGAGAUCGAGUUCCUCCUGUCCUGUGCCGAGGCCGACGAGAACGACAUGUUCAACUACGAGCAGUUUGUGGAGCGUUUUCACGAGCCCGCCAAGGACAUCGGCUUUAACGUGGUCGUGCUGCUGACCAAUCUCUCCGAACACAUGCCGCACGAUGCUCGACUCGCCACGUUUUUAGACCUGGCAGAAAGUGUGCUCAGCUACUUUGAGCCUUUCCUCGGCCGCAUCGAGAUCAUGGGAGGUGCAAAGCGCAUCGAGCGGGUUUACUUUGUCAUCAGCGAAUCCAGCCGCACCCAGUGGGAGAAACCUCAGGUCAAAGAGUCCAAGAGACAGUUCAUUUUCGACGUCGUUAACGAGGGCGGGGAGAGUGAGAAGAUGGAACUCUUUGUCAACUUUUGCGAGGACACCAUUUUCGAGAUGCAGCUAGCCUCAAAGAUUUCGGAAACGGAGCCGGUGGAACGCGCAGAGGAGGACGAGGACGACGACCAGAGCAUGGCGGAAAACCAGGAAGAAGAGGAAGAGGAGAGGGAGAUGUUGGAGUCCUUGUCUGCAUUCACCGUAGCCUGUAUCUCGAUGCGGAAAAACAUGUGCCAUUUCAGACAGAUGCUGACGUUCAAAAGCAUGAGGCGGCAAUACAGAAAGUUCCGGAAGAUGAGCGUGCGCGAGUUGGUGCGCGGUGUAUUUACGUUCUUCUGGAUGAUUGUCACGGGGUUAUUCCACUUUGUUUACAGCCUGAUAUGGGGCUUUUUCCAUAUACUGUGGACUACUUUAUUCGGCGGCGGCCUCGUGGAAGGCGCAAAAAACAUGAAGGUCACAGACAUUCUGGGGAACAUGCCAGACCCCACGCAGUUUGGUAUCCACGGCGACGUGCUGGAGGCGGAGAAGAUGGAGGCGUGCGAGGCGGCUGCUCGGGCGGAGAUGGGUCAGAUGGCUCAGGGGGAAGCGGCCGAGGCUGACCUGAUGGCAGAGCUGCUCAACAUCCAGCCCAAGAAGGAGGGCAAGCACGGAGCCGAGCCAGGGCUGGGGGACGUGUCCGAGGUGGUGGUGGGGGACACGCCCUCCAUCGCAGCAGCGGUCAAACAGAAGAAAGCAGAGAUGGCCGCAAAAAAGAGAGCUGCAAAUUCAGACCACAAAUCCGAUUCAGAGAAAGGAGAUUCAGAGGACGGUGAAAAGAAGGAUUAUGAUAAAUCCAAAGAUGAUCCGCCUCCACCACCGCCACCAGAGGAAAAGAAAUUCCUGAAGAAGAGACUGGGGCCCAAGAAGGAGCCACCGGAGGCCUUCAUGGCCAGUUUCUUUGCCGGGCUGGAGAUCUACCAGACAAAAACUCUGAAUUACCUGGCCAGAAACUUCUACAACCUCCGCUUCUUGGCUCUUUUUGUGGCCUUUGCAAUAAACUUCAUUCUUCUCUUCUACAAAGUCACCGGAGACUACUCGGACGAUGAAGACCCAUGGGCCCACCGAGGCCGCAGCAGCGAGGAGGAAGAGGAGGGGGCGCUGGAGUACUUUGUCCUACAGGAGAGCACUGGAUACAUGGCGCCCACGCUCCGCUGUUUGGCCAUUCUACACACCAUCAUCUCUUUCUUGUGUGUACUCGGCUACUACUACCUCAAGGUGCCUCUGGUCGUGUUCAAGCGCGAGAAAGAGAUCGCCAGGAAGCUGGAGUUUGCCGGGCUGUACAUCACGGAGCAGCCGUCGGACGAUGACAUCAAAGGACAAUGGGACCGGCUCGUCAUCAAUACUCCCUCUUUCCCCAACAACUACUGGGAUAAAUUUGUCAAGCGCAAAGUGAUUAAAAAGUAUGGCGAUCUAUACGGAGCCGAGAGGAUUGCAGAACUGCUGGGCUUGGAUAAAAGUGCACUGGACUUCAACCCCACAGAGGAGGCAGUUGCCAAGGAGGCCUCUCUAGUGUCAUGGCUGAGCUCAAUUGAUACGAAAUACCAUGUCUGGAAGAUGGGAGUGGUGUUUACAGACAAUUCAUUCUUGUAUUUAGUGUGGUACACCACCAUGUCUAUUCUGGGACACUACAACAACUUUUUCUUCGCGGCUCAUCUGCUGGACAUCGCUAUGGGGUUCAAGACACUGCGCACCAUUCUGUCCUCUGUCACACACAACGGCAAACAGCUGGUGCUGACGGUGGGGCUGCUGGCGGUGGUGGUGUAUCUGUACACGGUGGUGGCCUUCAACUUCUUCCGGAAGUUUUACAACAAGAGCGCGGACGAUGACGAGCCGGACAUGAAGUGUGACGACAUGAUGACGUGCUACCUGUUCCACAUGUACGUGGGCGUGCGAGCCGGAGGGGGCAUCGGGGACGAGAUCGAGGACCCAGCUGGGGACCCCUACGAGCUCUACCGCAUCCUCUUCGACAUCACCUUCUUCUUCUUCGUUAUCGUCAUCCUGCUGGCCAUCAUCCAGGGUUUGAUCAUCGAUGCCUUUGGAGAGCUGAGAGACCAGCAGGAGCAGGUCAAAGAGGACAUGGAGACCAAGUGCUUUAUCUGCGGCAUCGGAAACGACUACUUUGACACCACGCCCCACGGCUUUGAGACCCACACUUUACAAGAGCACAAUCUGGCCAACUACCUGUUUUUCCUGAUGUACCUUAUCAACAAGGACGAGACUGAGCACACUGGCCAGGAGUCCUAUGUGUGGAAGAUGUACCAGGAGCGAUGCUGGGACUUCUUCCCGGCUGGAGACUGCUUCAGAAAGCAAUAUGAAGAUCAGCUUGGAUGA